AUGCCGCGCGCGCCCAGGUGCCGGGCGGUGCGCGCCCUGCUGCGGGACCGCUACCGGCAGGUUCUGCCGCUGGCCACCUUCGUGCGGCGUCUGGGGCCCGAGGACCGGCGGCUCGUGCGGCGCGGGGACCCGGUGGCCUUUCGCGCGCUCGUGGCCCAGUGCCUGGUGUGCGUGCCCUGGGAUGCGCAGCCGCCUCCUGCCGCCCCGUCCUUCCGCCAGGUGUCCUGCCUGAAGGAGCUGGUGGCCAGGGUCGUGCAGAGGCUCUGUGAGCGCGGCGCGAGAAACGUGCUGGCCUUCGGCUUCGCGCUGCUGGACGGGGCCCGCGGCGGGCCGCCCGUGGCCUUCACGACCAGCGUGCGCAGCUACCUGCCCAACACGGUGACGGACACGCUGCGCGGCAGCGGCGCGUGGGGACUGCUGCUGCGCCGCGUGGGCGAUGACGUGCUCACCCACCUGCUGGCGCGCUGCGCACUCUACCUGCUGGUGCCCCCCAGCUGCGCCUACCAGGUGUGUGGGCCGCCGCUCUAUGACCUCUGCACCGCCGCCGCGGCGCGGCCCACGCGACGCGCGGGCGGAACGCGGACUGGCCUCGGACUCACGCGCCAGGCCGGGAAUGGCGGCGACGGGGAGGCGGGGGGACCCCGGGAGCUGCCGGCCAAGGGCGCGAGGCGGCGUCGGGGCGGCGCGGGGGGCCGUCCGCCUCCAGCCAAGAAGCCCAGGCAUGGCCUGGAGCCCGAGCGGGGUACCGAAGGGCAGGCGCCCGGGGCCCACCUGGGCAGGGCGCCUGGGCGGAGCGACAGCGACCCCCGCGUGAUGACACCUACCAGAGCCGCCGCGGAAGCCAAGUCUCAGGAGGGCAACGUGCCCAGGACCCGUCGCCCCUUCCCGCUGGUGGGCGGCGAGGGGGGUGUUCGCUCCCCAUCCUGGCGGCCGUCACAUCCCCAGGGCGAGCCCGGUCCCCGAGCGUGGGCUGAGACCAAGCAGUUCCUCUACUGCUCGGGUAGCAAAGAACGGCUGCGCCGCUCCUUCCUGCUCUGCUCCCUGCCUCCCAGCCUGGCGGGGGCCCAGAGACUCGUGGAGACCAUCUUUCUGGGCUCUAAGCCCCGGCCACCAGGGGUUCCGCGCAGGACUCGCCGCCUGCCCGCGCGCUACUGGCGGAUGAGGCCCCUGUUUCGGGAGCUGCUUGAGAACCACGUGCGGUGCCCCUACGGCGCACUUCUCAGGGCGCACUGCCCACUGCCGGCCUCCACCACCCCAGCGGGGCCAGGCGAUCGGGAGAGCCCUGGAGUGGGCGCCCGCUCCGGGGAGAGGCCGGCCGCUACCCCCGAGGGGGACGCGGGCUCGCGCCGCCUGGUCCAGCUGCUGCGCCAGCACAGCAGCCCCUGGCAGGUGUACGGCCUCCUGCGGGCCUGCCUUCACCGGCUGGUGCCCGCAGGCCUCUGGGGCUCCCGGCACAACGAGCGCCGCUUCCUGAGGAAUGUGAAGAAGCUCCUCUCUCUGGGGAAGCAUGGCAAGCUCUCACCGCAGGAGCUGACCUGGAAGAUGAAGGUGCAGGACUGCGCCUGGCUGCGCGGGAGCCCAGGGGCUCGCUGCGUCCCGGCCGCCGAGCACCGUCUGCGCGAGGCCGUCCUGGCCAGGUUCCUGUGCUGGCUGAUGGGUGCGUACGUGGUCGAGGUGCUCAGGGCGUUCUUCUAUGUCACGGAGACCACGUUCCAGAAGAACCGGCUCUUCUUCUUCCGGAAGCGCGUCUGGAGUCAGCUGCAGAGCGUCGGCAUCAGACAACACUUAGAGCGCGUGCAGCUCCGCGAGCUAUCCGAGGCAGAUGUCAGGCGACUCCAGGAGGACAGGCCGGCUCUGCCGACGUCCAAGCUCCGCUUCGUCCCCAAGCCCAGCGGGCUGCGGCCCAUCGUGAACAUGGGCGACGUCGUGGGAGCCGGGAGGUCGCACAGAGACAGGAAGGUCCAGCAUCUCACCUCCCAGGUCAAGACCCUGUUCGCCGUGCUAAACUACGAGCGGCUGAGGCGCCCCGGCCUUCUGGGGGCCUCCGUGCUGGGCAUGGACGACAUUUACAGGGCCUGGCAGGCCUUCGUGCUGCCCCUGCGGGCCCGGGGCCCGGUGGCCCCGCUCUACUUCGUCAAGGUGGACGUGGCGGGGGCGUACGACGCGCUCCCCCAGGACAGGCUGGCGGAGGUGAUAGCCAACGUGAUCCGGCCUCAUGAGAACUCGUACUGCGUGCGCCAGUAUGCCGUGGUCCAGAGGACUGCCCGCGGACACGUGCGGAAGUCCUUCAAGAGACACGUGUCCACCUUCACGGACCUCCAGCCUUACAUGAGACAGUUCGUGGAGCGCCUGCAGGCAGCGGGCUCACUGAGGGACGCCGUGGUCAUCGAGCAGAGCUGCUCCCUGAACGAGGCCGGCGGCAGCCUCUUCAAGCUCUUCCUACGCCUGGUCCACAACCACGUGGUCAGGAUCGGGGGCAGGUCCUACGUCCAGUGUCAGGGGGUCCCCCAGGGCUCCAUCCUGUCCACCCUGCUCUGCAGCUUCUGCUACGGAGACAUGGAGAACGAGCUCUUCCCCGGAAUCCAGCGGGACGGGGUUCUCCUGCGCUUCGUGGACGACUUCCUGCUGGUCACCCCUCACCUCCCACGAGCCAAAGCCUUCCUCAGGGCCCUGGUCCGCGGCGUGCCCGAGUAUGGCUGCCUGGCGAACCUGCAGAAGACGGUGGUGAACUUCCCCGUGGAGGACGGUGGCCUGGGCGGCGCGGCCCCCCUGCAGCUGCCAGCGCACUGCCUGUUCCCCUGGUGUGGUUUACUGCUGGACACCCGCACCCUGGAGGUGCGCUGUGACCACUCCAGUUACGCCGGGACCUCGAUCAGAGCGAGCCUCACCUUCAACCAGGGCUUCAAGCCUGGGAGGAACAUGCGUCGCAAACUCUCGGCGGUCUUGCGGCUGAAGUGCCAAGGGCUCUUCCUGGACCUGCAGGUGAACAGUCUUGAGACAGUUUUCACAAAUGUUUACAAGAUAUUCCUGCUGCAGGCCUACAGGUUCCACGCGUGUGUGCUGCAGCUCCCGUUUAAUCAGCCAGUCGGGAGGAACCCCUCGUUUUUCCUCCGGGUCAUCUCUGACACCUCGUCCCGCUGCCACGCCCUCCUGAGAGCCAGGAACGCAGCAGCCACGGCGGAGAUGGGGCGUCGGGGCGCCUUUAACCUGCUAGCAGCUCGCCGCCCUCUGCCACGUGACUGGAGAGUGACGUGGUGCUCGGGGGCCAGCUGGUGGCCCUCCUCCCCUGGGGCUCUGGGCGCUUGCGUCAGUCCAGGCCAGGGUCCGCAGGAGGCCCCGGGCCACCCCUGCCCACCUCAGCGAGGGGCACCCACGGCAGCCGCGCGCCCGACGGCUUUGGCUUCACCGCUCCUUGGCCCGGCCUCCUCGGGGGCGUCCCCACCUGAACGCUCGCACUGCAGCCCCUGUGUCUGCACCUCCGUCCUCGUCCUGGGCGUUCCCGAUCUGUCUGAGGUUCAGGCCGUGCGUGUCUCUGAGGUCCUGGGUGUAACAGACUUUGCUCUUCGUCACGUCUGUUUGUGGAGGUUUCUUGGAGAAGUUGAAGAAAACGUCUCAGUUUUCAGAAUUCCUUGGUGCUCGUGUCGGGUGGCCCCUGAAAUGAAGUGGCCAGUUCCCCCCCGCCGCCCCCAAGACCUCACUCAUGCCAUCAGCCUGGAGGGACCCCGCCAGGAGGGUACCAUCUGGGGCCCCUGGUAUCCCCAGGGAGGAACGCUGCGGCGGGGCCAGCGGAGCCUCAGCCUCUCCUCGUGUCCCCCAGGGAUGUCACUGGGGGCCAAGGGCGCCUCCGGCCCGUUUCCUUCCGAGGCCGCGCAGUGGCUCUGCCUGCACGCCUUUCUGCUCAAGCUAGCUCGUCACCGCGUCACCUACAGCUGUCUUCUGGGGGCGCUGCGGACAGCCAGAGCCCGACUGUGCCGGCGGCUCCCGAGGGCCACUCUGGCCGCCCUGGAGGCAGCAGCCGACCCGGCCCUGACCGCAGACUUUAAGACCAUCUUGGACUGACGGCAGCCCUGCUCACAGACUGGGCUGGGCUGGGCUCCGGAGCCCGGUGGGAGGGGGCAGCCCCCAAGUCCUCAGGGAAGCAGGGCCCGCGCGCCGUGGCCUUCCCGUGACGGGGUCCGUUCUCCAGCCGCUGACCACCGGGAAGCGGCAGGUGGGAGAGCCGCGCAUCGGGCGGCAGGCGUCUGGACGGGGCUGGGGGGCCCUUUGUCGCCCCCUUCCCCUCGCUGCAGGGGCUGCCCCGGUCUGGAGCGAGGGCACGGGGUGGCACGUGGGGCUGAGUGGUGGGCGUGGGCUCCUUCCUGCUGACCUGUGCAGUCAGUGCCCAGCCCAGCCGUUCACACCCACCUCGGGAGCAGUGCCUGCCCCGGGUGCCUCUGCCGGCUGCAUCUGCGGUUCACGCCCCGUGGCGCUUUCCCCAGAAGCCAAGGGCCCGGUCAGCUGUUUGAGGCCUGGUUCCACCCGGCCCCGCCCCUGCUUCCGAGCCCGCCUGUCCUUACGCUCUGCACCCGCCCGCGCCCCCAUCUCUGGGCCCUCCCCGCUGGUCCCCUCUCAGCACACGGCCCAGGUCGUCCUGAUUGCACUCCUGCACCCCCUCCUGCCCCCCCGCCCUGUCACCCCAGUGAAAGGAGCCUUUGCUGAUUG